UGUCGUUUAAUGUUACACCAUUAUAUAUUUAUUACUUCGGUUUUCAUUCUUGUAACGAUAUUUACGUCUUUCCAAAACCAGCUAUAACAGUUGGCAAGUUUUUUGCUUUUUUACAAAGCUGUUUUUAUAAUCGCUUAAUCCAAAACUGUUAUCAUUCCUAGGAAGCAUAAAACAAAGUGUAAUUACAAAGUAGUGACCAUCGAGGAGAUAACACAAAUAAUCCAAAAUCUCCUUAGUAUCAUUCUUAGUAUAUAGUUUUUCUAUCUUUCUCUGAAAUUUCAGACUUUUGAAUAUCCUUGUUCAUUUCAUCUUGUUUCUUACAAGACAAUUUUGUUGAUCUUUUAUUUUUUUUUUUGAGUCAUAUAUUUCUAGUUAUAACAUAACUUAGGUAAGUUUUUAUUCUUUUGGAAAGUUUCAUGUUUAUGUUAGAAAAAAUGAAGGGUUCAAAUAAUCAAUACCAAUCAAACUAUGUUUCAAAGAUUUUCAAUUUUCAACUCCACUUUAUUAAUUUUCUCACCUAUGUUCUAGUUUUGACCUUUGGUUUAACACUUGGGAUAAUUUUGAGUUUCUAUCUUAAAGAGUGUAGUUUUAGUCUACAAUUCACUCAGUUAUCGCUUUCUUCUAUACCGAAAACACCUCCGUUGCCACCGCCGAUUGCGGUGAAACAAGAACGUAUAGGAUUGAAGGAGUUUCUGAAGGUUCCUCCAGUUAUGCAUGAUAUGGAUGAGGAAGAAUUGUUAUGGAGAGGUUCUAUGACAGCGAAAAUAUCUGAAUAUCCUUUUGAUCGAGUUCCGAAAGUUGCUUUCAUGUUUUUGACAAGAGGUGCUGUGUUUUUGGCACCUUUGUGGGAACAGUUUUUCAAAGGACAUGAAGGGUAUUACUCAAUUUAUGUUCAUUCUAAUCCUUCUUAUAAUGGAUCACAUCCUGAGAGUCCUGUUUUUCAUGGUAGGAGAAUUCCGAGUAAGGAAGUUAAAUGGGGCGAUGUGAACAUGAUAGAAGCCGAGCGUCGCUUACUAUCAAACGCACUUCUCGAUAUCUCGAACCAACGAUUUGUUCUCCUAUCAGAAUCCUGCAUACCACUCUUCAACUUCUCGACCAUCUACUCUUACUUAAUAAACUCAACAGAAAAUUACGUCAUGGCUUUUGACGAUCCUAGUCCGGUCGGCCGCGGCCGUUAUAGCAUCCAGAUGUUACCUGAGGUUUCCCUUAGGCAAUGGAGAAAAGGGUACCAAUGGUUUGAAAUGGACAGAGAGCUUGCUCUAGGAGUUGUGUCAGAUAGAAUAUACUUCCCAGUUUUUCAAGAUUAUUGCAGAGGUUCAUGUUAUGCAGAUGAACAUUAUUUGCCAACUUUUGUUAGCAUAAAGUUUUGGGAAAGGAAUUCAAAUAGGAGUUUGACUUGGGUUGAUUGGUCAAGAGGGGGUCCACAUCCAGCUCAUUUUUUAAGGUCUGAUAUAAAUGUUGAGUUUUUGGAGAGACUGAGGAACAAGAAAUGUGCUUAUAAUAAUGGAUACAGCACCAAUGCUUGUUUUCUGUUUGCUAGGAAGUUCUUGCCCAGUACUUUGUCAAGGCUCUUGAAGAUUGCCCCUGAGGUUAUGCAGUUUGAACACUAUGAUAAGCCCAAAAUACAUAAGCUAUCAUUUAAACCAAUUAUUUGAUUCUUUUUUCUUUCAUCUUGUAAGUUUUUUGUUGUCCAGUAUAGAUAUACACACAAACUCAUUUGAUCAAUAUAGUUAAUUUCUUUCAUGGAUAUCUGUCUAUGUGUUUUUCUUUCAGACCUUGAAUCUUAUUGACAAAAAAUCAACAAUCUAGAUUCAUCAAAGUGCCCCUUACUUUGAACUACACCCCUUUCCAAUUAAUCUAAAUUAAAUCAUUUACCAUUUACCUUUUGUUUAUUUGAGUUAGAAAAGUUUAGGCAAGUUAAAUUUAGGGGCUCAAAGGGUAUUUAAGGGCAAAACUCUAAACUUUGCCAGAAGUAUAUUGUGCUCAAAAUCAAGCGUUUAGGGUUUAGUUUGAAUGAAUCAUUGUCUUUUCCUUCAAGAUUAAUGCUAAUCAAUCAGUGUUUGUUCAUCUUCGACCCUAUUUGGAUCGAGUGGCCGUGACGUGAGCCAGGUCAAGCACGGGGAGGCACCAAUGUAUCAUCCAAGUAUUAGGAAGUGGACCAAAUACAUCAGGGAGGUCCAAAAACUUUUAGUUGUGGUCAGACUAGACCAAAAUCUUGAGAUAAUCAGGUUGGGGGAAGCUCCAAGACUCGAUUUAUGUAUUCCCCUAAUAAGAUCUUUUCAUUGGUGCAAGAUUUGAACUCUUAUCUGUGUAUAACACAAACUGAAUUUUUACCAACCU